GUCAAACAAAAUCAAGAGUUGAUAAAGGAAGUCACGUUUUAGAGAUUCUCAAAUAGUUUGUUUCGCUGGAGGCGUUGAAACAGCCCUCUUUAACAGCUCACUUAGUUUCACAUUCUCACAAAAUUUCUCUCAAAUCUUCUUCUAUCUUAUUUAUAUAAAUCUCUGUUUUCUCUCUGACAAAAAUAUAUUCCAACAUCAUCAGAUAAAGAAAUGACAUCUUUCUUGGAGAAGGCAACUUCUGCUCUUAAUGAAGCCAAGGAAUCUGUAACAACGACCGCUGAUUCCGUCGGUGCAUCUAUAACCGAUGCUCAGAAAACCGUCGCAGCCUCCACUGAAACCGCCAGGACCUCUCUAACCGAUGCUCAGAAAACCGUUGCAGCCUCCACUGAAACGGUCAAGACCGAGGCUGCAGCCGCACCAGAGAAAGUGUCUGAUGUGUCUACACAGGCAAGAGAUGCAGUGGACAAUGCUCUGUCAAGAGGUAUAGAAGGAGCCAAAUCUUUGCUUCAUGUUUUUGAGGAGAAGAGAACCGAAGUUUCCUCAAAGCUCGUUGGAGCUGUUACCAAUGCUGUUGGUGGCGCGUCGAGCAGCACCGUUGCAAGCCGAGACCUUCCCAUAUCCACAGACAAUCAGCCUUUGUUAAGUGGUGAGAGAGGGGUUGAGACGACGCCGUGGUGGAAGAACUGUUGUGGAGUUCUUGAUCUUCUCAAGACAUCUACUACAAAAUGAAAAGAUCAAAAGACAAACUAACGAAUUUUUCACCAGAUGAUGAGGAAGAAGAAGAAGAACAGAGGAAAGAAAGAAACCACCCUUUUUGAUUUUGCUUUUCAGAUUGUGUCUAUCUGUUUUGUAUUUGUGUUUUUUAUUUUCUGUCCAUUGAUAUCUUGAUUGUUCCCAAGAACUUGUGUAAGAACCAAUAAACCCCAAAAAAAAGGUUAUUUCUUUUGUGAUAAGUAAUGGAUAAAUUCUAAGAAGGGUUUCAAAAGCUAAACCAAAAA